GCAUCCCUUCAUCUCCUUCACCAUGGCUGAAUGGAUUCUGGGUGUUGUCGCACUGGUGAUCUGUUUCCACAAUACCGUCGCUGAGAUAGUUCUGACUCAGUCCCCGUCUAUCUCAACUUCUUCGGGUCAAUCUGUAAAGAUCACUUGUACCGUGGCCGGGGGCAAUAUCGAGAGUUACUCCGCGAGUUGGUACUGGCAGAAACCCGGCAGCGCCCCUGCCCUUGUGUGGGAUGGCUACGGUGGCAUGGCUUCUGGCAUUCCGGAUCGAUUUAAUGGCUCCGUAGACUCAUCUAGCAACCAGAUGCACUUAACCAUCGCAAACGUGCAAUCGGAGGAUGUCGCCGAUUAUUACUGUGGUGUGUGGACUUGUGGUAUGAUGAACUUUGGGAAAGGAACCAAACUGAAUUUUGGCAAUACUCUGCCCCCUGAGGUGUUGGUCCUCCCGCCCUCAACGGAAGAAAUCACGAGAAACGGCACCGCCACCCUGGUGUGUUUGUUGAGCGGGUUUAAACCGGGAGCUGUGGACAUCGAGUGGACGGUGGACGGUAGCCCGAGGAAGAACGGCGUUGAGUCGAGCCGGGUCCAGCAGGAGGCGGACAACACAUUCAGUUCAAGCAGUUACCUGACUCUGCGUGCCUCAGAUUGGAAAGCACACGAUCUUUACACCUGUGUGGUUAAACACGAGGCUCAGGCAAACCCAGUUAAAGUAAACGUUGCACGAUCCGGUUGUCUGUGAUUCAAGCAAUAUUUGUACCGAUUUGUUGCUCUUGAAAAUAAAAACGUUUCAAUCUUACUUGUAUAGCACAGGUGAUGCGCACU